UCCAAAAGCCCUCUUAGGCAACACCCUCUGACAGCUUCUGCAGAAUAUUUUAACUUUUGGUGUAAGAGAAAUAAUUCUGGAGAUAUGACAGAGCGUGGAUAUCCGUCUGUGUAUACGGUGGACACCCAUACAACGCGGCCUCCUCCACUGCCACCCAGGCUGAACCAGAAACGACAGAAUUCUGGGGCGGCUCAGACCCUGUUGUUCUUGCUGGUGAGCCUGGCAUUGUUUGGCUUGAUCAUUGAAGCCUACUUGAUCUAUCGCCUCCAUAAAACUGAAUCUGACACCUCAGGAUCGCACUCCAAGCACAGUGCCGAUGUCCUCCCACCCUCCAAGAGUCUCCGUGAGGUUCUUCCCUCCAAACCUGUUGCACACCUGACUGGUGGACAAGAUGUAGUUCAUAAAAAAGAGAUCAUGGCAUGGAGCAUGGAUGCAGACCCUAUCCUCUAUGAGAUGGACUACAAAGACAGAAGCCUUGUCAUUCAGACCGAGGGGUAUUACUAUGUCUACUCCAAGGUUUCCUUCUUAGACAUCGAUGCAUUUUACCACUCUGUUCAUGUGAAAACUAAACGGUACAAAGGGAAAAGUAUCCCCCUCCUGCUCUCCAGGACAAAGUCACAGGGAUCCAGCAGGAAAGAGAUCAGAGAUCAGAAAACCAACUCAGAGGAGUACAGCAGAAAAGAGAGCCUAGAUCAGAGGUCCAACAGUUACCUGGGUGGAGUGUUCCACCUCUUCAAAGGUGAUACAGUCUUUGUGAAAGUGAGCAACACUUCCCAAAUCGUAGAAUUAAGAUUCUAUGAGAACUUCUUUGGAACGUAUAUGAUAUGAAUAUCACAGUGAGAAGCCUCAGGGGCAAAAAAGUCUCAGAGGCCGAUGAAUCUCUAUGUAAUAAAAAGAGGUCAGCUACAGGAAAUAGAGGUCUGAAGCAUCUUUGCACCUCAGAGCUCAGGAGCGCCAGGGCUUUACUUGUAGUCUUAUUUUGGGGGUGAAAUGUUUCUUUUUUUUAAUCCGGCUUGACGGUGUCACAUAAUUUUGCACCAGACUUUCAAAGCAGGGACUUUUUACAAGCUUUGUUGUAUAAUACACUGUCAAUUUACUUAUUUUAAUCAUAUGUUGUAUUUUUUAUACACAAUUUGUUCUUUCUGUUAGAAUAGAUGUAAGAAUUUAAACCAAACUGUAACCGUACACCUUUUCAUUUCUACUGUAACAUGUAAUCCAUAUAUUUAUUAAUUCCUUUAGUGGUAGAAUGAAUGAUACAACUGCUUUA